AUGAAAUACACUCUCCCGAAUCCAUCUGUCCAAGAACAAGACUUGGCAGGAAAGUUUGCCAUCGUUACUGGCGCCUCGAGAGGUCUAGGGCGCGGCAUAGCCUUCCACCUCGCUUCCCGGGGCUCAAACGUAUUAGCGACAUGCUCCAGCGAGACUUCACUCAAGAAUGUCGUCUCCUUGCAGGAGGAAAUUAGGUUGCUCUACCAAGAGAGAAAUCCCCAGAACCACGCGACUCCACGAAUUUUCGGUGUGGUUGCACCUCUCACAGAGCCGAGCAAGUGUUGCGACAACAUUGUGGCUGCAGUGAAGGAACAUUUCAGUGGCGCUGUCAACAUCUUGGUACAGAAUGCUGCCCUGCAAGAGACCAUGCCAAUUGAAGCCAUUGAUGAAGGACAUGUGCGCCGCAUGCUGACAGGGAAUAUUUCGACCGCUGUUCAACUUAUCCAGGCCUUGUUACCGCACUUUGUUCCAGACAGCCGCAUCGUCAAUAUUUCGUCUGAGGGAGCGCGCCAGAGUCAGCCAGCUCCAGUAACAUUGCUCUACGGGGCCUGUAAGGCAGCGUUAGAGUCCAUGACAAGGGUCUGGGCGGAUGCUCUGGGGACGCGGGCUGGCAUGGAGAGGACAACCGUUAAUUCACUAAUUGUCGGAGUCACGAAGACCGGUGAUACAGCCAAUGGGUUGCCCGAAGGACUACCUGAUAUCGAACCUGUCCGCCAACUCAUAAAGUUUAAGAUGGAAGCUUGUAGCGUGGAUAGGAGGCUGGGUGAAGUAGAUGAUGUCGCUGAAAUUGUUGGCUGGCUCUGCUGUGAGAAGAGUCGAUGGGUGUCCGGGAGCGCCGUAUGCGCCAACGGAGGAACGGUCAAAAUACUGUGA